AGAUUACUAUAUGUCAAAGUAUUACUCUGUUUGUGUUUUGUUUAUUCAUUUCAAAAUUUGUCUUCCACUUCCCAUUUGGCUGUGACGAAGAAAGCAAAUUUGUUAGAGCCCUCACGAAUCGAAAUUUCAGAAAACGAGCUUUGAAGGGCUAAUCUGUAACCCUCAUAUCCUGCAGCAUUUAAUGUUGUUGAUCGCCCCAUCGGAGGUCAUGUUGCUGUAUGCGUAAAUUCAUCAAACAUGUUAUCUGCAUACCUGUUCUACAGGCUCUCUCCUAUCAAGAUUUCAGCUAAAAUCCCUACGGCCUGCUUUAUUCUGCUUCAGAAAGGUUAUGGUGUGAAAUCAAGAACUGCAAACUCUGCAUUGGAUGAAUAUUCACAUUCUUAUAUUGUCUCUUACCUUGUUAACUCAUGUGGGUUGCCAGCAGAAAGGGCUAAUUUUCUAUCUAAAAGAGUAACGUUCAAGUCCCUUGAGAAGCCCAAUGCAGUUUUGGCGUUCCUCAGAGAUCAAGGAUUCAGCAAAGCCCACAUAGCAAAACUUGUUGGAGCAGCACCACAGAUUCUCUUUUACAAUCCUGAGAAGAUCCUUUUGCCCAAGAUUGAAUUUUUCAGCUCUAUAUGGGUUUCAAGAAGUGAGUUAACCAAAAAUCUUUCAGCAAAUCACCAUCUACUGAGAAGCAGCUUGAAGAAUAAAAUAUUGCCUCUUUAUCAUUGUCUUAAGAGCAUGUAUGGAACAGAUGAUAGGCUUACCUCUCCUAGAAUAUGGCGUGCUGUUUACUUCUCUAAAGACCCCACAAAGAAUCUUGCUUCUAAUAUUGCUGUUCUAAGAGAACUUGGAGUUCGAGAAUCAUGCAUUAGAUCAUUAAUGACUCGUCAUCCCGCUGCCGUAAUGGUAAAUGAUAAUCGUUUCAGGGAAGUUGUAUAUGAGGUUAAGAAUAUGGGAUUUGAUCAUCUGAAAUCAACUUUUGUGCAAGCUUUAUAUGCUCGGUUUGGGAUGCGUAAUAGAUUAAACUGGGAACGGUGUUGUGAAGUGUAUAGGAGUUGGGGUUGGUCUGAAGAUUUGGUGCGAAAUGCAUAUGGAAAGGAUCCUAACUGUAUGCUUAUUUCAGAGCAAAAACUCAGUAGGAUGAUGGACUUUCUUGUUAACAAAAUGGGUCUGAAUUCGCAGACAGUUGCACGAUAUCCUGUUAUUCUCAAUUUCAGUUUGGACAAGAGGAUUAUCCCCAGGGGAUCUGUUAUUCAUCUUUUGCGCUUGAAGGGCUUCAUUAGAUGGUACACGCGUUUAUAUUCUAUAUUCAUUCCUGGUGAGAAGUACUUCUUGAGCAAAUUUGUCAUUCCAUAUGAGAAGCAAGUACCACAGCUCCGUGAUGUUUAUCAGGGAAAGAUGGGGAUUUUUGAUGUAUGAUUUGGAGAUGCAUAGAGGAAAGAUUUUGAAGCAAUUAAUAUUCUUUAAAGAUCAUCUGAGUCUCCCCUCAGGCCCCCUUUUUCAUCUUUUUUAGCUUAGAACUCCUAAUGUAGUUCCAGUAUAUUCAUGUAAUUACCCAGUAAAAUUUCAAUGGUGACUUUUCCUUGAGCAUGUCUUGCUAGAA